AUGAACAGUUCAUCGAGUCGAGUGCUAAUGCAAGGCUAUGUGCAUGCCACAGGGCCCAACAUUGGCUUUGCAGUCGGUUAUAAGCGUUUCUACUUUGUUCUCACAGAUGACCUUUCAUUCUAUGAAACAAAGGAAUCAUUCGAUUCUGGAUGCAAGCCUGUUGGGACUCUCUCUCUCGAUGUGUUCAACAUGUCAGUAACUCAAGAUCGCGGAAAAUAUGAAUUUGUAGUCUUUGCCUAUCCGUCGUCGGUGGAGUGUGUGGUGGAAAGCAACCAAAUGUUGCAGGACUGGGUGAAUGGUUUCAAUACGCUUUCUGAAAGACGGAAUCUGCCGAACUUUUCUCUGUAAUCUGUGUGUUCUAUGCGUUUUUG